AGUCGACUUUGAGUUGUUCCGCCAAUUCUAAUUUCUUCUUAACAUUUCCCCCAACAUCUUCCUUUCGCCCGCAACUAUAAUCGACUCUCAUCUAAAGUCGAACUGCCAUUAAUUUUGGAAAAUUCUUCAAGUUAUUAUUUUAUCUCUCUUUUGGAUCCACAGAAGUGCUGGAUUCUUCAGUUCUGCUAUCGCUGUAGGGAUGUUUGCCCACGCGCUGUUUUUAGAGGAUAUGGAUCUCUAAUAUACAGAUCCUGUUGACGAAACCAUCAUUAAGACAUAGAAGAAAGAGAACCGAGCUUCGUCAGCAGCCAUGAGUGCCAUGAAGUUCUGCCGUGAAUGUAACAAUAUUUUAUAUCCCAAGGAAGACAAGGAGCAGAAGAUCCUUCUAUAUGCAUGUAGAAAUUGCGAUCAUCAGGAGGCUGCAGAGAACUACUGUGUCUAUAGGAAUGUAAUCGAUCACGAGGUCGGCGAGUUCACACAGGUUAUUCAGGAUGUAACUGCUGAUCCAACUCUUCCGCGAACCAAAAGUGUUAAAUGUUCUGUUUGUGGUCAUCCAGAAGCUGUAUUCUUCCAGGCCACUGCAAGGGGUGAAGAGGGAAUGACACUAUUCUUUGUCUGCUGCAAUCAAAGCUGUGGUCAUCGUUGGAGAGAUUGAUAGAUUUGAACAGAUUAUUUAGCAAAUAAUGGAGAUUUGAGGUUGAGAAUAAGUGAUUUAUGUGAUUGCUUUUGAAUGAGAGUACUUUUUUUUUUUUAAGAUCUUAUCAGGGUGGGGGACUAAGAAAUAUGCUUAGAAUCUAUGAAACAGAUGUUAAUGAAAACUAUCAAAAAUUAAAUGGAAGAUCAAUGCAUAAAAACACAAUUUUGUAUACUGUAUUUUUCAAUCGAUCGCCAUAUCCUAUUGU